GACUGGGACUCCACCAGCGUGGACACCUCCCUCCUCGAGGAGAUGCUCCCGAAGUACAAGGAGGCUGUGGAGUCUACGCAGGAGGACACCAUCAAGGCCAUGGAGCUGGUUUGUCCAGAGCUGGCCGAGGCGGCGCAGCCUCCGCCGCCCAAGGCUCCCGAGACCUUCCUGGAGCAGCACGCUGCUACGCUCCGUCGCCUCCACACCUACCAGGAGAAGCUCAAUAAUCAGAUGGUGGCCAACGCUAAGCAUGGCAAAGAGUUGCUGGAGAAGCUGGCGGCGAACGUUCGAGCACGCGCCGAGGCCCAGGCGGAGGUCAACCGUCUCACGAGCCCCCCCACGGCGACGCAAGGGGCUGCGAGCGGCAGUGCCUCGCCAGAUGACGGCAAGCCCGCAGGCGACAGCGUUUUCGGGCUCCCAGGGCUCAGCGCCGAGGACGUGCAGUUCCUCGCUCCAGAGCAGAAGCAGGCCUACGAGGAGGCGCUGGCCCACGCGCAGCAG